CUUCGAAGCAAACCGCGCCUCACUACCUAUCAGACCUCUUAUGAUUCUGCGUCGUAAGUGAGAGCACGUGACGAUUUGAUGACUCAGGCGCGCUAUAUCAGUCGUUGCAUUCGGUCUACAUAUACUGGAUCAACAAGACCGACAAGAUUGACCGCAAUACCUCUUGCAUUGGAAUGGUCACUGUCGAACGCCCAACUGCCCAAGAUGGAACAGCCUGCGCCAGAACCCGCAAACGACUCUCAACCCCUGGCAGUCCGCAUGAAGCAAUACGAAGCAUCUUUUGACUUCAGUCUACCGUUGAACUCGCCCAUCGUCCUCCGUCUCGAUGGCCACACGUUCUCAAAAUUUACAAGUCACUUCUGCCGGCCGUUCGAUCAGCGCAUACAUGAUGCUAUGAUAGCAACAUCUACAGACCUGCUCAAGUACUUCCCGGCGGCGACAGUCGCGUAUACACAGUCUGACGAGAUAACGCUGGUCUUUCCCACUGGCGUACAAGGUUUCAAUGAUCGAGUGCAGAAGCUAUCGAGCCUUGCCGCGAGCUACUGUUCGGUUCGGUUCAAUGCGCAUCUGACGACGUUUCUAGCAGCAAAUCCGGAACCGAAAGUCAAAGACUCUGCGUUCGACAAAAUGGGCACCGCGCACUUUGACGCGCGCUUCUUUGCUGUACCCACAGUCCAGGAGGCCUUCAACUGUGUAUUAUGGCGAUGUCGAAACGACGCUGUACGCAAUUCCAUCAAUGCGUUCGCGCGCACAUUGUAUACAUCAACUCAGAUGCAUGGGAAGACAGCAAAUGAGCUCAAGGACAUGAUGAAGACUGAGAAGGGGGUCAUUUUUGAAGAUGCCGUACCGCGAUGGGCUGUUGAAGGCAGUCUGCUGAAGCGCGAACAGGUGGAGCAUCAAGGCGUGAACAAGAAGACUGGAAAGGUCGAAAGGACACUACGAACAAGGAUCAGGAUUGAAGACAGAGGUGUAAUAGCAUAUUCGUCGGAAAGUCUGAGGCUGGUGACAGACAAGUACUGGUAGAGAGAUUUUAAUGAGAAUCCAACGGUCAGCAAGGUGCACGGGGAUGACUGCGCAGCUCAUCUUUUGGCAGCGUGACUGAGCA